GUUACCUGUGGGGAAGCUGCAGGCGCGGUCGGAGUUUCGCCUGCGAUCGCCUUGGAGGAGCCAGCGCGGCUCUUCCGAAGGGAGGCAGCGCGGCCAUGGAGCCCGUCUCGACGUGGACGCCCAAGAUGGUGGCGGCGUGGCUGACAGGCUUGGAUCCGGCAUUGCAAGACUAUCCCUUGGAGACGUGGCACUUGAACGGAAAGCAGCUCCUUCACCUGUCCUACCGGGACUUGGAGGACUUGGGCGUGAGUCGUGUCGGUCACCAGGAGCUGGUCCUGGAAGCUGUGGAACAGCUGUGCGUGUUGAACUAUGAGCUGGAGACGUCGAGCCUGCGAACACUCACUGAGAAGCUGCAAGGGGUCGUUCGGACAGUCAGGGCAUUCAUCCUGAGCCACAGGAAGGUGAGCACCUACAAUGGAGAUGCUGUUGAGAAGCCUUCCUCGGAGCUGUUGUCCUGCAUUGUGGAGCUGAUCGGUGCGGCAAAGGGCCUGUUCUUGUGGCUCAGCAGGUAUCUUUUCUCCCACCUGAAUGAUUAUUCAGCCAGCCGGGACAUCAUCUGGCUGUGUGGAGAUCUGGCAGAGGCCAUGCAGAAGGACUGCCCAGUCUCUGAAAGGGAAGAGCGGAUAUUACUGAUUGGCAAGCACAUAUCAGGGAUCUGUGAGCACAUCUUGAGUUACAGUCCAACCAACCUUCUAAAUCAAACUGCCGUCUUGGAGACAGUGACGCUUGUACAGGCAGGGCCAGAAGACAGCUUGGGCAUCGAGAUCAAAUCUUCUCCCUCCUGUCUCCAUUUCAUAUCAGGGACUGCCCCAGAGUCCCCCAUUGAGCACUACAACAGAGUCCUCCCCGGGGAUGAGAUAGUCCAAGUCAACGACCAGGUGGUGGUGGGCUGGACUCGGAAGAAUCUGGUAAAGAAGCUGCUUGAGACACCAAAUCGGGUGACUUUGGUGUUGAAGAAAAUCCCACUCGGUCUUUCGAUUCCCAGCUCCCCUGAGUCUCCUCGGCAGCAGUCAGAAGACCAUUUUUCAGAUGCCGCUGAAUCCCUAAGCUUGAGGAGUGACGAGUCUCCGACCAGUCCCACUUCCCUCUCUUCCAGAAGCAUGACUGCUGAGCUGGAAGUGGAGGAUUUGACAUUAGACUUCCCAGAUGCAGAAGAGGAGCAGGAAGGAAUUAGUUUGAGUCAUGGAGCUGAAGAGCACCUCCCUUGUGCAGGAAUAUCUGUUAAUCCUGCACUGGAAGACCAGAGUCUUGGGGCAAACUCCAAGGAAUAUGACAAAUGCUCAGAUGCUGCUGCACUUAUCAAACCCGAUACCUUGGAUCUUAGAUUGUCAGAAUCCUCAAGCCCUGAGAAUGGAUUUGUCAGAGGAAGCACCGGUCUGGGAUCUGCUGAUUCUUCCAGAGAGGGCAACAUUGAAUAUCGACGGAAACAGAAAGGAAUGGCUACCCGGUUGAGCCGGCGGCGGAUCUCCUGUCAGGAUCUGGGGCAGGUGGACUGCGAUGGUUGGCUCCUGAAGAAGAAAGACCACGUGGGCUUCAUGGCCCAGAAAUGGAAACGGUUCUGGUUUGUGCUGAAAGGACAAUCCCUCUACUGGUACAGCCACCCCAAUGAUGAGAAGGCAGCAGGCCUGAUCAAUGUGUCAGCCUACAAACUGGAAAGCACAAAAGAACAGAAAAAGAAAUAUGUCUUCCAGCUCACACAUGAGAAGUACAAGCCCUUCAUCUUCGCAGCAGAAACACUGGCUGACCUGAGCAUGUGGGUUAGUCGUUUGAUCACAUCGAUGAUGAAGUACCUGCCAGUCUCUAAAUCUAGUCCGCAUAGUCAAGAAGAUUGCUAUAGUGAAACGGAAGCAGAAGAUCCUGAGGACGACUCGCCAAGACCGAGCUUUGAUGGGCAGCCCAAACAGAGGGAAUUGGAAAGAGACCAGUUGCUCACAGGGAGCAAUGAAUCCCCACGUGGAAGCCAACUCAGCAGCCGGCUCUCAAGGCAAAAAGAAGACGAGAGUACAGCAUCCUCUCCCACAGACCCUGCGGGAGAAGAACUCGAGUCCCUGAUCAAGUGUCUGAAGCAAGGUGGCGUCUCUCUUAUUGGGAAGCAGCAAACGUUCACCCGAGAGCAGUACCGGAAAUCUUUCGUUAAACGUAACAAGAACCCAGAGAUAAAUGAGAAGGUGCAUCUCAUUCGGACCCUUCAAAGCACACUCAAGGCAAAAACUGCUGAGCUUCAGCUUAUUGACAUGCUGCUGGAUGACUCUGAACUGACUUCUGAGAAAUUCAGACACUGGAAAGUACAAAAUCAGGAGCUGUAUCAGGAAAUACAAACAGGGUGGGCCCCAAGGGUCAGGCACGAAAACGGCACAAAAGCAGGCCCUGCCGGCACUGUCAAGCCAGAGGACUCUGCAGCUGCUCCAUAAACUCUGUUGCCAGGACAGUUGGACUUUGUGGAAUAAAUUAUCCUCUCCUUCCAUACAAAGCUCCAGAAGGUUCCCCCUCAGUCUAGAGAGGAGGCUGAAUGUCAAAGAACCCAAUUCAGAGCUGAGAGGAAGAAGGUUUCUGUUCACUCUCUCAUGGGCAUCUUGGGUUUCUUAAAGAGAAGGGACAUCUUGAUGGCGUGAGGAGAGAAAGAGAAGGCUGCUUUGUAUGGAUCCGCAGGCCAGAUGAAAAUGGAUCAAGUUCGCACACGAAACUGCCUUUUGCCAAGUUAGGCCGUUUGUCUGUCAAGAUCCGUGUCUCCUCUCACUGGCAGUGGCUCUGCAGGUCUCAGGCAGAGGGUCUUGCACAUCGUCUCCUACUUGGUUCUUUUAACUGGAGAUACCGGGAUUUUACCUGGGACUUUUCAGAUGCAAACCAGACGCUCAGCCCCUCCACAAAUUGAUUUGUGGGUUCCUCUCUCUUCAGAGUUUAUAAUUCCACUCCCGUGUUUCAAGCUGAAACUCUUCUUGGAAGUACAUAAUUAAGAAAGACCUAAAAGUAAAUUGAAGCUUAAAAAUGUAAAUGAUAAUCAUUGUUUCAGGAGUGUUUUAAUCAGGGCAGGAGUAAAAACAUAGGCAUGAAGUUACUACUCAGGAAUGAUAUUUAAAAAUUUAGCACCGUUGAGCUUUAUAUACAAUAUAUACAAUUUAUAUACAAUAUACACUAUAUUGUAUUAUGCUUACAGUCACCCUGCAACCUAUAUCUCUCCUGUCCCCCUAUUGCAGAAGUCAGGGCAACGGGGAUGAAGAAUAAUAGCUUGGCUAAGCCUACCUAGUAAGUUUGUGAUAGAAGUGAAACCUGAAUACGUGGCUCAUUCUCUUAGCCACUGAGCCAAGCCAGGGCACUGUUUCUACUGGUAAAUUGUGAAAGCAAGUUCUAAAAAUAUAUAGGCAGACCUGAUAAUUCCCUUCUCUCGCAUUUGCAUAUUGCAGUUUUGUAUAAAUUUGCCAUCACAAAACAUAAAUCAAGUCAUAAUGAAAGAUCUGUUAGAGCAAGCAGAUUGCAGUGGCUUAAGUUUCGCAUAGGAAUCAUCCCUUUUAGGUUGACUGUGGCUUCAAACUGAAGAUUUGCAUUCCCUGAACUAUGUAUACUACUUCUUAACGAAGGCUAUACAGUUCACUUGAUGAGUUACUGUCCGGUGGUGGCUUCAUUGGACAUAUUGAAGGAGGACACCCUUGAAUGUAAUCUUUGGUCUUCCCUGCACCUGAGAUUCUUUUAGCAAGAGGGGCCAGAAAGUUAACCUGGAACCUUCUUCAUGUAAAGCAAGUCUCCUACAGGGCCUUGGAUUCUUGAUAAUUUCCUGUUUGUCUUAAAAAACAUUUCAUCUUUUCUAGUCUUUAAAUUAUUAAACAUGCCCAUGUAACUGUUAUUAUGUGGAUAUCUGAUCAUCUAUGCCACCCCUAGAUGAAUUGCACAAGAUGAAAGCCUUAGAGAAUAUAGUUUUUUAAAUUUGCAGAGUCAAAAAAAAAUAAGUACUGGGUACACCUGAUUAUAUGGUAUACUUAAUAUAACACGGCUUAGGGGCUAGUGUGUCAGACUAGGAUCUGAUAUGUCCAGGUUUGAAUCCCUGCUCUGCCAUGGCAGCACUGGGUGACUCUGGGGCUAACCACUCGCAUUUAGCCUAACCUACUGACUGAGUUUGUUGUGAGGGUAAAAUGGAGCAGAGGAGACUGUGAUAUAAGCCGCUUUGGGUCUCCCUUAGGGAGCAAGAGAAUAAAUGAAGUUAGUAAAUAAGGGAAGGCAGAAGAAAACUUAUGUAAGUGGUUCCUCAACAAAUGUGCUCUCCAGGGUGGCAGACAUGUUUCCUGGUGUCCAUUUGCUUCUUUCCUAAAGUAAAAGCUUACCUUUUUUCCCCUGUAGGGUUGCCAGGUUCCCUGGGCUUGAAACCAGGAGAUGGGGGUUUUGGAGGAGGGGGGCACACCAGGAUAGGGUCCCCAGGUCCCUAUCCCCUCCCCGUGGGAGGUGGGAGACUCAGGACUUACCUUCUGAGGCUUCCUCAUAUGCAUGGGGCUCCUGGAGAAGUGUGAUGAUGUCAGUUCUGGGAAGUGACAUCAUUACGCAGGCCACGAGUGUGCUCCCGCACUUUCUGCGGAGCUAAUUCUGGUCCUUUUAGAGCCGAAAUUGGCCUUAAUGAAGCGUGCAAGCACACCUGUGGUCAGUGCAACAAUGUCACUUCAGGAAGUGAUUUCGUUGCCCCCCAGGGAGCACACCCGGUACACGAUUUCCUGGGCUGCCUGCUGGUGGUGAACGAUCACUGUGGGGUUUGCAACCCAGCAAGCCCCUGGGAGAUUGCCUGCCACUAGCGGGCAGCUGUUAAGCUUAUGCCAGGAGGAUUUUCCUAGACUGGGGGCCAAUUUUUAUCAAAUUGGCCCUGUGUGCCACCCAGUGUGACAAGGAAGUGCUCCAGAGUGUGCUGUGGGGCUUCCAGGCCCAUUCCUGCACCUUUCCCCCCUGCUGGCUAGGUGAGAGGUGGGGGGGCAGAGGUUGGGAGCAGGGGAUCCCCUGCCCCCAUUAGGGGAAUGGGAUUCCUAUUCACCUCCCUGGAGCAAGAAGUGCAUCAUAAGGCCCUGCCUCCAAGGCAUCAUCUUUGGGUGUGCAGGGAGCACCCCUUUGGGAAUAUCUGGCCCAGUCAUAGGAGGAUACUUGACAUCUCCCAAAAUUUUAAAGUUACCCCUCAUGGCUGACAUUUUGUGAUUGGUCCUGUUUCAAAUGGCAGCCAUUUUGUUGUGCCACCCACUACUCUUUCACAAAACUCUGUAAGUGCUUAUACAGAAUCAACAAGGUUGAAGACCCCAGUGAGUCAACAACAAAAACAAGACACCUUUGAUGGAAUUAAAGUAGUGUGCUGUUGUUUUUUGACACUUCUGCUGGGACCAAAGACAGAAAAGCAUGGCCUUGCGUCUAUUGUAUUGAUGACCUUAAAGAAACAGCACAAAGUGCUGGGAUAAGAGCUGACGUCAGCUGGGCUCUUACUUUUCAGCAGUUUGAUCCAAUGGUUGCAUCACUUUAAUUUUGAAGCGAAUUGUAUUUUUAUAUGAGCCACUUGGUGGAUCUAGAAAGUGACACACAGGGUGUAAAUAAAAAAAAAUAUUUUGUAGAA